CAAUAUCUCCUUAACAACACGGCCAUAUUGCUUCAAAUGGGUUCCAUAGCCGAAACCCAAAAGCCACAUGCUAUAUGCAUCCCCUACCCAGCACAAGGCCACAUCAACCCCAUGAUGAAACUGGCUAAGCUCCUUUAUUGUAGAGGCUUCCACAUCUCUUUCGUCAAUAACCACUACAACCAUAAGCGAUUGCUCCGAUCCCGCGGUCCCUCCUCCCUUGAAGGCCUGCCCGAUUUUCAUUUCUACUCUAUUCCAGACGGCCUUCCUCCGUCUGAUGCCGAAGCCACUCAGUCGAUCCCUGCCCUCUGCGAAUCUGUACCUAAGCACAGUUUGGAGCCUUUCUGUGAGCUCAUCACUAGGCUUAAUGGUUCCGGAGUGCCCCCAGUGAGCUGUAUUAUUUCUGAUGGGUGCAUGAGCUUUACCCUUCAAGCUGCCGACAGGUUUGGGUUACCAGAAGUUCUGUUCUGGACUCCAAGUACUUGUGGAGUUUUGGCUUACUCUCGUUAUCGUGAUCUUGUUCAAAAGGGGUAUGUUCCCCUCAAAGACAUGAGCGAUGUGACAAAUGGGUAUUUUGAAACAAGUUUGGAUUGGAUUCCUGAAAUGAAAAACAUCCGAUUAAAGGAUUUCCCAAGCUUCAUUCGAACAAUGGACAUAAACGACGUCAUGCUCAACUAUCUGAUGACUGAAUCUGAAGCGAUCCCUAGGGGUUUAGCUGUCAUUCUCAACACAUUCGAUGCACUAGAACAAGAUAGUGUUAAACCCUUACUUGCCAUGAAUCCAAACAUCUUCACCAUAGGCCCAUUACAAAUGAUGCAACAAUAUGUUCACGAUGACAGGCUCAAACACAUUGGGUCCAACCUUUGGAAGGAAGAUGUGAGCUGCAUCAGUUGGCUCGACACAAAAAAGCCCGGUUCAGUUGUUUAUGUGAACUUUGGAAGUAUUACAGUUAUGACAAAAGAACAACUAAUCGAGUUCGGAUGGGGACUUGCUAAUAGCAAGAAGGAUUUCUUGUGGAUAACCAGGCCGGAUAUUGUCGGAGGCGAUGAGGCCAUGAUGCCACCAGAGUUUGUUGAUGAGACAAAAGGAAGAGGCAUGGUUACUAGCUGGUGCCCUCAAGAAGAGGUUAUUAAACAUCCAUCAAUAGGGGUAUUCUUGACUCACAAUGGAUGGAACUCUACUAUUGAGAGUAUUAGUAACGGUGUUCCGAUGAUUUGCUGGCCGUUUUUUGCGGAGCAACAAACAAAUUGUCGAUAUUGUUGUGUAGAAUGGGGGGUUGGAAUGGAGAUUGAUACAGAUGUGAAGAGAGAAGAGGUAGAGGCUCAAGUGAGGGAGAUGAUGGAUGGGGAGAAAGGGAGGAUGAUGAAAACCAAUGCUGUGGAGUGGAAGAAAAAAGCUGAAGAAGCUGUCGCUAUUGGUGGAUCCAGUUAUCUCAACUUUGAAAAAUUAGUUAGUGAUGUUCUCUUAAAAAAGUGAAGUCAUAUUGUGUCGCUAGUAGUUAAUAUGUUGCAAAAAGUAGUGGAAACAGUCAUUUGGUUAUUAAUUGUUUGUUGUUUCUUUCUUUUACUAA